AAACAAGAGUCGGAAAAAUUAACUAAACAAGAGAGAAAUAAACUACAUUACCAGCAAAAGCGAGAAGAAUUAAAGGCUAAGCGAAGACAAAGAUAUCAAACUCAAAAGUCUGAACAAAAAGAUACUUCGACAAACAAUAAACCAAAAAACUCUAAAGUAAAUGUCGAAGCCAAAAGAGAUGAAAAAGAGGGGGUAAACGACAAUGCUUUAGAAAAUGAAGGAUUAUCGGUUAAUAUUAGAGAUUUUGAAGCAGCAGAAAAACUAAUUGAUUGGUUAGAAAAAGUUAAAGAGAAGGAGGAUAAAUUCCCUCGCAAAUGGUUGAAGAAAUGUUUAGCGGAAAAAAAUGAAGCCUAUAACGAAAAAAGAAAAGAAUAUUUUCGCCAGAAAAAAAGGGAACAAAGGACUAAAUCAAAAGGUUCGGUUGUGGACUGCCCAGUUGUGGACAGCAAUGAAGUUGUGGACUAUGUAAACAGUGAAAACGAGGUUAGCCAUGUAAACAAAGUUGUAGACCAAAAAAACGCAGUGUCCACAACCGAGGAAGUUGUGGACAAGGAAAAUGUUGAGACAGAUUUAUUAGUUGAGACAAAAAAAGAACCGAAAAUAAUUGUUGAGACACCAACGAAAGAUGUUGAGACAUUAAAGGUUAGCCGUGUUGAGACAUUUGUCAAACUUCCUAAUGUUGAGACACAGAAGAAAGAAAUUCAACCCGCUUCUAGCCAAAAACGUUGUUUUGCCACCUAUAAUACCUUAGCCGGUAUGCCCCUUAAUAUUUUACAACGCAUAUUAGGCCAUAGUAAAAUUUCUACUACGGCUUUGUAUAUUAAGGAUAGUGAUUUAAGUAAUUUGAACAGCGAAGAACAAAAGAGACAAGGGAAAUUAGUACAAUUGCUUUUAGAUGAAAACUUAGCCCGAGAACUUAACUACGCACUAGCCGAAAAUCAUUUGCUAGCCCGGAGUUUAGGAAUAACUUCCUCUCAUUAUGGAGAAAUUAAUCCCGGGUCUAGUCAAGGUCUAAUUCAUUCCCUAAUUACUAAGUGA